GUGAAGAUACUCAGCUCUGAAGCUUACAUCUUUAGCCCUUCAGAAACAUCAGAUUUGCAGUAACAGAUUCAGUUGUUCAGUGUGGUGUGCCAUCGUCCCCAGUAAGAGCUGGCGCAUCAUAGGAAAGUGUGUGCCUAGACAAAAGCUAGCAAGGUGUGGGAUAAAUAGGGGAGGGUCCCUUGCUUUUGAUGGGCACUGAAUAUCAGUGGGAGACCAGAAGCUCUGGAGAUGGAGAGGCAGGGUGGUUGUGCAUUCAGAAGUGGCUAGGAGGCUCACUAUCUUGCCGUGUUUACCGUGUCACAGUAACAAGAAUAACUAAGUACCUACAGAGUUCCUCCCAGGUCACCUUCUCUGAAGGAUGAAAACACGCAGCAAAGCCGGAUUGGCCGGCUGCCGGUCCGGUCUGCACCUGCCCCUGCGCUCUCUCCAGGGUUGCCAGGGCUCUACCCAAAGCUCGACACCUGCUGGGUUCACCCAAAACCCAGGACCCCAGACUGCUACGCCUGUGCAGAUGGACGCCCGGGCGCCGGAAGUUCCUUGCGGGGACGUGCUGCAGAACGCGGCAGAAAAUCUACUUCAGGAGCUUGAAGAACACUUCCGAGCUCUGACCACAACAUUAAACCUCAGAAUGGAAGAAAUGGGAAAUCGCAUCAAGGACCUACAGAAAAAUGUUGACGACCUAAUGGCUCAAGCUGGAAUCGAGAAUUCAGUCAAAGAACAGACGACCUGAAGAUGUUAAACGAGCCAUGUGAAAUUGUGAAAAUGACACCUAUACUGUUUGAGUAAUCUGUGCAGUAUGAAUUUUGUUUUUUAGAGACUUGAAAUCAAACCCAGGACCUAAAAUGUAGUAGACAAGUGGCUACCACUGGGCUAUAUGCUAACCCAUUAAAAAACAAAUAAAAAACAAGAGCAAUAAAAUAAUAACAUACUUCAGAGAGUGACUAAUACCAAA